AUGUCGACACGAUGUGUGGAGUAUGGACCAUUGAGAUUUCAAGUGCUGAAAGAAAUCAAGAAGCCAAUUCAUUAUAAAAAACUGCAUAUUUCAGAUAAAUUACUUGAAAUUGUCGCCAAUCACUGUACACUGAGAUCGACUACAAAAGAGAAGUGUUUCGAAAAGUUGAAUAAUAUCAUACGAAGCACUAUUUCAUGUGACACACUGCUUCUGUGGAUAUGUGAAAUCAAAGAACACUACGUUAAUGGAGUUCGGGAGAAUGCUCACUUCUCAAUGCCACGAGAAGUAUUGGAUGUUAUGAUAAGGACAUGGAAUGUGAAAACAAUACGAAUGAAUAUGAUUGUACGCACAAAAGAGGAUAUAUGCUGCGAGAAAUGGAUAAAUAAAGGAUACUUCACGAAGAUCAAGUUGGAUGAUCCAUACUGGAAAACGGGUCGAUCCAGUGAUUUGAAACUCAAACAUGUUUCCGUCAAAGUGACGGAUUCAUACGAUUGUGCUGGUGGCCUAAUUUACAGUAUCCCGAAAACUGGUUACCAGAAGAGUUUUGAGAACUACAUUGCAAAUCUCCGAAGACUAUUCCAAAUGGACAAAUUAUCGAUUGAUUUCAGUCACUGGGCCCAUAAAUACAGUGCUAGUUUGGAAGAAUUCAUGAGGAAUAUAUUGAGAGUGAUUCAAUUGGAGAAACAACGGAAACUCGAAGUGAAUAUUCAGUUUUUCACCGAGAUUUCCAGUUUUAAAGUGGGAAAUUCUGAAAAAUUGGCUGAAAUUCCAUCGGAAUACUCGUUGCUCAGCGAUCGAGUAGAAUGUAACCGAAUGUUUGUCCCAUUCGAUGUUGCCGAUAGUGGUCCAGAGAGAUUGAAUAUGAUUAAAUGGGUUGGGAGACGAUUUCAGGUGAAGGAUGUGGAUAAUCAUUUCACACUCAACUUGAAUAUUUAUGUGAAGGAAAUAGAGUUGACGAAGAUGGAUAAAGGAUUGAUGGAGACACAUCCGAAUAGCUUGAUUGGAGUGUUUUUUCCUCAAAAACCUUUGGAAAUUUCUCGUAAAUUGAUGGCGAAACGUCUGGUGGCGAAAUGUCCCGGAGCCGAAUCAAUCAAGAUUGGUCUUCAGAGCAAUGUGAAUGACACCAUUGAAAGUUCAUCGAGCUUCAAAAACUCUCCCCAGACAACGACUGCUCAGAAACCGAAACCACUUCAACAACUGAUGACGUCGACAGGAGCCGAUCAGAUUCAGAAUCAUUCGUUCUCCACAAAAGCGACGGCGUCACCUCAUCCAUCUUAUCUGCCAAUGCUUCAAGAUGUGCAACAGAUACUCGAUUCGUCUGCAAUUCUACUCGACGCACAACACGAAGCGGCGGCGAAUGUGAAGAAGAUGCAGGCGAAGAUGUCACAGAUUCGAGAUGCAUUGUCGCCACUUUUCAAGCGGAUGGAGUCCUCAGCAGCACUGUUUGAGGACAUUUUGGAGAAGAUGGGAUCGAGCAGUCCACUCGCCGAUCGUAUCAAACAAAUGAAACUGGCGUCAUCGUCGCUUCUCAACGCCUCUUACAGUCCGAUCUUCAAGUUUUCGAGUAAUGUGGUGGAGGUUGAGAAACUGCAGAAUGAGGUUGACGAGUUGAGAAAUGAGUUGGAGAAGGAGAGAGUGAGAGGAGAUCUGAAAUCUCGUGAAGCUGCUCAAAACUUUGAGGAUCUCGAAGUGCGACAGGCGACUCUCAACAAAGUGGAGACUGAGAAGGCGGAGUUGAUGAAUGAGGUAUCGAGACUCGAGGACUCUCAUCGCCGACUCGUCGCCGAGUUGGAUGAGGCGAAACGGCAGAUGGAGAAGACUCUCGUCAGAUGCGCCGCCGAACAAGACGCUCGUCUCAAUGCGGAGAAGAUUCUGGAGGAAACGAAACAAUCGGUUGAGGUGUUGAAGAGAGAGCAAGCGAAUGCUAUGAUGAUCGAGGUGGACUAUCGAGUGACUGAGGCAAAAGAACUCGUCGAACGAGAGAAGAAGGCGAUCAUCGAGUCGUUGUCGAGUGAGUUGCAGACGGCACUUGCUGAGGAGAUCGCGACGAGAAAUCAUCUGGAGAGAAUGGAGCAUGAGAUGGAGCUCCUCAGAAGACGUGCUCGAGAUGCGCAGGAUAGACUGGAGAGGACUGCGAACGAGAAGCAUGAAAUGGUCAUAUUGACCGCGUCACUUGAGGAGAAGAUGGAGAAAGCCGCGGCGUUUGAGAAGGAGGCGACAGAUUACGCUGGGAAACUUGCUGCUCGGAAGAAGGAGAUUGAGGUGUCGAAGAAGCGAGAGGAUAUGGUGAAUGCGGCGAUCGAAGGGUUGGAAAGAGUCAGGAAGGAGGUCGUCGAAUUGACAAAGAAGACGUUGAAGACGCAGAUCAUUUUGGGGAAUGCCUCGUCGAUCCGCCUCGUAUGUGAUGAACUCUGCCGCCGUCUGACCCGUGAACGUGAACUCCAAAACGAGAGUGCAGAAACGAUGAAAUAUGUGAAUGACAACAUUGAGCAGCUGCAAAAGGAGAAUCUCGAGAUGCAGGCAAAGAUCAGAGAGUCUCAAGGAGUAUCAAAGAAAUCAUCGACCUCUAAUAACAAGGAGAAUGCACCGCCACGGGUGGCGUCGUCGGAGGCUCCAAUCACUGCUCCACCAUCAUCUAGUCAGAAGACGUCGACGACUACUUCUAACUUUGUCAGUCCCACCCGUCAACUCCUUCACGAAUCAACGAUGGCAGUCGACUCGAUUGUGCAGAAGCUGAAAAAGACGUAUACGAUGUCUGGAAUGGGAGCAGAACUCAAAGAAACGAUUGGAAACUUGAUCAUUGAAUCCCGUGGACUCCGUGACUUCCUCCAUCAGAAGUUGAUCCUUUUCAAGGGAAUCGAUAUGACGAUGUGGAAGAAUGAUUCGGUGGAUCAGUUGGUCGAGAAACUCGGACAAUAUCUUCAGGAUAAUUUGAUUCUUGAAGAGCAGAUUAAGAAGUAUAAGAAGGAGUUGAAACUCACGAAAACUGUCAUUCCGAAUCUCGGCGCCGACGUGCAGGAGCGAAUCAAACGUGAAAUUUGUGGAAUCGCGUCGGAUUUGGGCGCAGUGAAGACUCUCCUCAACAAGAAAUUAUUCUUCGUCACUCGAAAUCUCAUUAAUUGUAGAGCGCAGUUGUCAGAACUGUGCGACGAUGAAAACGAAUCGCUGGAUGCCAAUGGGAAAAAACCAAAGAUUUCAAGCGUUGGAGCAUUGAUGUGUCUGAAUGCGCUUAGUUUGGAGGAUACGGUGAUGGGGGCGGAGCCUAAGGAGGCGGAGCCUGUUCAGGGGGACGAGCCAAUUCAAGAGGAGGAACCUAUUCAGGAGGCGGAGCCUAUUCUGGGGGCGGAGCCGGAGGAGAAGGCGAUUAGAGAAGAGGAGGAGCCUAAAGGGGCGGAGCGUAUUCAAGAGGAGGAGCCAAUUCAAGCCAAAAAUUCAAAUAAAUUUCUGUACUCUCUGAAAAUCUUUUUCAGGACCCUUCGAUCGCCGCAUUCACCAUAUCCUCUCGCUUCUUCGACACCUCAAUCUCCUUCUUCCGAGCAGCAAGUUUCCCAGCAUAGUCGGCGGAUUCCUUCUCAAACGCCGCGGCUUUCUCCAUCUUCUCCUCAAGUGACACAAUGUGUUCGACCAUCUCGUGCUUCUCAUUGGCAGUCCGUUCCACUCGAUCCUCUGCCUCUCGAGCACGUCUUCUGA